GGAGAGCAUCGCAGUCGGGCGCCCGAGCCUCCGGAGGGACGCAGCGGACGCAGGGCUCCCAUUCUCCCGCACUUCUGAACCUCCUCCAUCCCAAUCGGGACCGUCCACACUCGGAUUUAACCCGGUUUCAUCCCGCAUCAACCGGGAAAAGAGAUUUUUGGAGAAAAGAAGGACUGGGGACCGAAGAAAUAGACUCCCAGACUCCCAAUUUGGGGCUUCUGACCCAGGAUCUCCGAACCGGGUUGGAUUUGCGGAGGAAAAAAGCCCGAAACCAAAACCUUGGGAGUUUCUUCAAUUGAUUUUAUUCCUUUGAUUUGAAUCCUUUGAGACUUUGGACCCAGGCAAGGAAGGAGACUGCGGCUCCCAUCAUCCCCGCCUCAGCCGGGCUCUGGCUCCCCGCCAUGGCCGCCGCCGGCCCGGGGGCUCCCCGGCUCUUGCUCCCGCUGGCCCUGCUCCUCCUCCCGGGCGACUGCCGGGCCUUGGAAGAAACACUGAUGGAUACAAAGCUGGUGACAUCUGAGUUAGCAUGGACAGCUCAUCCUGAGACUGGGUGGGAAGAAGUCAGUGGCUACGAUGAAGCCAUGAACCCCAUCCGAACAUACCAGGUAUGCAAUGUACGGGAAGCCCACCAAAACAACUGGCUUCGGACUCAGUUCAUCCAGCGGCACGACGUCCAGCGCGUUUACGUGGAGCUGAAAUUCACGGUGCGCGACUGCAACAGCAUCCCUAACAUUCCGGGCUCUUGCAAAGAGACCUUCAAUCUUUUCUAUUAUGAAUCAGAUACUGACUCCGCUUCUGCCUCUAGCCCCUCCUGGAUGGAAAACCCUUACAUCAAAGUGGAUACAAUUGCCCCCGACGAGAGUUUUUCCAAGUUAGAAUCUGGACGGAUGAAUACCAAAGUCCGCAGCUUUGGGCCCCUUUCCAAGAAUGGCUUUUACUUGGCUUUCCAAGACCUGGGGGCUUGUAUGUCACUCAUCUCUGUCCGCGCCUUUUACAAGAAGUGUUCCAGUACCAUUGCGGGCUUUGCUGUUUUCCCUGAGACCUUGACUGGAGCAGAGCCGACCUCCUUGGUGAUUGCUCCGGGGACCUGUAUCCCCAAUGCAGUGGAAGUAUCAGUGCCCUUAAAACUCUACUGCAAUGGUGAUGGGGAAUGGAUGGUACCAGUGGGAGCAUGUACCUGUGCUGCUGGGUACGCUCCAGCCAUGAAGGAGACUCAAUGCCAAGCCUGUGGUCCAGGCACCUACAAGUCGAAGCAAGGGGAAGGUCUGUGCUCCGCCUGCCCCCCUAACAGCCGGACGACCUCUUUAGCAGCCACCCUUUGCACUUGCCAAAACAACUAUUUCCGAGCAGACACCGACCCCCCAGACAGUGCCUGCACCAGUGUCCCAUCGGCUCCACGUAAUGUCAUAUCCAACGUAAAUGAGACAUCACUGGUCCUGGAAUGGAGUGAGCCGAGGGAUUCGGGUGGCCGAGAUGACCUCCUCUAUAACGUCAUCUGCAAGAAGUGCAGUGUGGAGCGCCGGCUGUGCAUGCGCUGUGAUGACAAUGUGGAGUUUGUCCCCCGCCAGCUUGGUCUGACUGAGAGGCACAUCUACAUCAGCAACCUGAUGGCCCAUACGCAAUAUACCUUUGAGAUCCAAGCAGUGAAUGGAGUCUCCAGCAAAAACCCCCAGAACCCUCAAUUUGCCUCUGUGAACAUCACCACUAACCAAGCAGCCCCUUCAGCAGUUCCCACGAUGCACCAACAUGGCAGCACUGGAAGCAGCAUGACUCUUUCCUGGGAACCACCCAAACAACCCAAUGGGAUCAUCCUGGACUAUGAGAUCAAGUACUUUGAGAAGCAGGGCCAGAGUGAUGGCAUUGCCAAUACUGUCACCAGCCAGAAGAACAUGGUUCGCUUGGAAGGGCUGAAGCCCAAUGCUGUAUACAUGGUACAGGUCCGGGCACGUACAGUGGCUGGUUAUGGCCAGUACAGUUUCCCAAUGGAGCUUCGGACAGCAGUGGAGGAUGGCUCCAGUAGCAAGAGCUUCCAGGAACUGCCUCUUAUUGUGGGAUCAGCUACUGCAGCUCUAGUCUUUUUGAUCGCUAUGGUAGUAAUUGCCAUUGUCUGCUUCAGGAAGCAACAGAACAAUACAGAUUCAGAGUACACAGAGAAACUCCAGCAAUACAUCACUCCAGGAAUGAAGGUUUAUAUUGACCCAUUCACCUAUGAGGACCCUAAUGAAGCUGUCCGAGAGUUUGCCAAGGAAAUUGACAUCUCAUGCGUGAAAAUUGAAGAGGUGAUUGGAGCAGGUGAAUUUGGGGAAGUCUGCCGGGGUCGUCUCAAGCUGCCAGGCAGGCGGGAGAUAUUUGUGGCCAUCAAGACGCUGAAAGUGGGCUACACAGAGCGGCAGAGGCGGGACUUCCUAAGUGAGGCCAGCAUCAUGGGGCAGUUUGACCACCCCAAUAUCAUACAUUUGGAGGGUGUGGUCACCAAAAGCCGACCAGUCAUGAUUGUCACAGAGUUCAUGGAGAACUGUGCCUUAGACUCCUUCCUGCGGCUGAAUGAUGGGCAAUUCACAGUGAUCCAGCUGGUUGGCAUGCUGCGUGGCAUUGCAGCUGGCAUGAAGUACCUCUCAGAGAUGAACUAUGUGCACCGGGACCUGGCAGCCCGCAACAUCCUCGUCAACAGCAACUUGGUCUGCAAAGUGUCCGACUUUGGGCUCUCACGCUUCCUAGAGGAUGAUCCCUCAGACCCCACUUACACCAGCUCUCUGGGUGGUAAGAUCCCAAUCCGGUGGACAGCUCCAGAAGCUAUAGCCUACCGCAAGUUCACUUCUGCCAGUGAUGUGUGGAGCUAUGGGAUCGUCAUGUGGGAGGUGAUGUCUUAUGGAGAGAGGCCUUACUGGGACAUGUCCAACCAGGAUGUGAUCAACGCUGUAGAGCAGGAUUACCGCCUGCCUCCCCCUAUGGACUGCCCCACAGCACUGCACCAGCUCAUGUUGGACUGCUGGGUGCGCGACCGCAAUCUUCGACCUAAGUUUGCACAGAUUGUGAACACGCUGGACAAACUGAUCCGUAAUGCAGCCAGCCUCAAAGUCAUCGCCAGCAUGCAGUCUGGCGUGUCUCAGCCACUCCUGGAUCGCACUGUGCCAGAUUACACUACCUUCACUACUGUGGGCGACUGGCUUGACGCUAUCAAAAUGGGACGGUACAAGGAGAACUUUGUCAACGCUGGCUUUGCUUCCUUUGACCUGGUGGCCCAAAUGACUGCUGAGGACCUGCUCAGGAUAGGGGUGACGCUAGCAGGACACCAGAAGAAAAUCCUGAGCAGCAUACAGGACAUGAGGUUACAAAUGAACCAGACUUUGCCAGUUCAGGUUUGACAACUGAGAACUCUGGGUUUGGAACAGACCCACUGGGGAAUCUCCCUAGGAUUCUAGUUUGUGGUGCUAACCAGCUUCCAGAUUUUGGGGCUGAGGGGGGUCAUCUCCUUCCUCCCUCACCCCAUCCCACCCCCUUAUCUUUGUGUGGCUUCUUGGCUGUCAACAGACCUGUGCUGGAAUGGACUAGGAGGAUCCUAGCUAGAUUAAAGGCAUUCAAGGAGGGGCAAGAAGAAACCCUACUUUUUCCCCCCAUCCGUUUUCCUUUUUUUUUUUGCUAUUGUGUGCUUCGAAUCGCACGCCAGCAAAGCAGAGUCUUCAUAUUGAAGACAGAUUAUGAGGUGGAAGAGGCCCCACCUCUUGGUCCUCUCCAUUCAUCCCGGUGUCCAUCUUCUCCCUCUCCCUCCGAUGGGGCCACGGGUGGUCAGUUCUUUGCAUCAUUGGGCUUCUUGAACUCAACACUCACACUCCCCCAGACCUCCUUUUUGCCUCCUCCUGCUCCAUGUCCUCUGGUGACUUCACCUCCAAUGCUGGCUAAGAGGGAAAGAAGGCACCUGCCAAUGAAUGAAGGAUGCUGGCACCUCAUCAGAAAGGGGAGAGGAUCUGAUGUGGCAAUUUGCCCCCACGCGGCCUGAGACAAUCGUGCUGCACCCUGCCAGCUCCGCCUGGGGAGCUAUAUGAGACACAUCUUCAGAGAGAUGGUGGUGGAUCCAUUUGGGCCUAACACAUUGGAACUACAAAGCCGGGGGCUGUUUCUAUGCAGGGCGUACCCUGCGCCUCGCCACAGUGUUUUCAGGGGCCCAUCAGCACAAGUUUGCACAGAGAUCACAUGGACGGACCUCCGCACGUUAAAAGGCAGCCUGCUGGCCCAGCAGGAUCCAGAAGGAGGAAGACUGAGCUGCACAAAGGAGCGAUGCGGCUUCCCUUCCCUGCCUCCCAGCUUCAUGUUUUAUGCAGGAAGGAGCAGGCUCUGUCAGCCGCACGCCCAUCUCUGUGGAUCCGUUUCUUGACACAUGCUGUGAUUGCUGCCAAAAAGACUGGAACACUUCUCUUUUUUUAUUUUAUUUUUUGGGGUUCUUUUUUUUUCUCCAUUGUUGUUGCUUUCUUUGGAAAGCCUCUGCAGCCCUGAGCCGAAGGGCAAGGGGCUCCCUCACAGAGCGGGCGAGCUUGCAUGUGUACGAGUGUGUGUACUGGCCAUCUGGACCGUGCAAGAGGGCAUGGGCAGAAUAAAGGCAAUAACAAUUUUA